AUGUCAGGACGCUUUGGCAAGCACAAGUGUUCCCCCCCACAUACUCCCCUUCCUGCUCAACUCACCACCACCACCACCACCACCCACCACCACCACCCUCGUCCCCCUUUUUCCACCCUCCCGCCACCGGGUUCACUGCAUUCCAUUCCUCCCACGCUGUUUGUUCCUCGAUUAGCUUUCCUCGGUACCCUGAAGAUAGCUUCUCCAUCAAAGCCUGUUAGCGUUUCUGGCUCUCCGCCGCUCGCCACGUGGCGCUCGAUGGCCACGUUACACGACGAGAACGACGCCGUAACCCCAUCGGGCGGGCACCUGUACAACCCGUACGCCGAUCUCUACCCUAAUCUCGACGCGCGAUCCAUCCAGGGCAUCUACCGCCUUCCCGACGCGCCCGAGUUUCUCUUUACCGAGGAAGCUGCCGUUCAGCGACGAAGCUUUGGCGACAACCUCACGUUCUACACCGGCUGCGGGUAUCUUGGCGGAGCGCUGUUCGGCGGAAUCCGCGGAACGGCGGAGGGCUUCCGCUCGUGGGAGGCGGGGGAUUCCGCCAAGCUGCGCGCGAACAGGGUGCUUAACGCGGCCGGAUCGCGUGGGAGAUCCGCGGGAAACGCGCUGGGGAUCGUGGGGCUACUAUAUUCCGGGAUCGAAGGCGCCGCGUAUCAUUACCGCGGUGGCGUGGACGAUCCGUGGAAUGCGGUCGUAGCAGGGCUGGGCACAGGAGCGCUUUAUAAGGCCGCGGCAGGACCUAGGACAGCGGCGAUCGCGGGGGCUGUUGGGGGUAUAGCGGCUGCGGCGCUUACCGCAAGCCGACACGUGGUGAAACGAUACGUACCUAUAUAA